ACUGAAAAUAACUUGUGUUGAUAUGUCUGGAGAGACCAGGAUAUGUGUCCAUUAAUACACGUUACCCAUAAACCAGUGCGGGUUACGAUAAAUGCAUUCUCGAAUGCAACCUUAUUUAAAAUAGCUGUAUACAACAACUCAAAACGAGCAAAAUAUUGUCUUGGAAAGAAGAGAAUGACGUCAUAAGUGAUAAGAAGCACUUCACCCAAAGGGUUAUCUCCAGGAACAAUUUCUCUCUUGAGACAUCAAUUAAAAAUUGACUGGGUAAAUUAGACACUGAAUGAUUCACGUUCGAUUUCUUGUUUCGGUGGCCAAGUACAGUCAUUUUAAAAUAACGAUGUUAUUCGUUAUAAGAUGGAGAUGUAAUUUUAGUACCUGUUUUUGAGGAAUCACUUCUGAUUUGAAAUCCAUUGAGAGACCCUUUGUUGUAAUAAGUGAUUGGUUUACUGUGAUUUUCACAUAAUACUUUCACUUAAAUGUCUUGACUAAGAGUUCUCUUAUAGAGAACAAGCGACGACGACGGCAUCCAGAGAUGCAACAACAAUAGACAAAUUUAAGAGCCAAACGUUGGGGUAAUGAAUUAAAAAAAAGAAAGUGGUUAGCACCAAAGGCACCCAUGGCAUCUAUUAUAAAACACGAGAUGUUCCCGAAAAAAAUCUUUUCCGUAAAACCGCGACAAGCUGAGUGAGUGCUAAGGUACGGGUCAUCGAGUGCAACGCCCCCAACAGGUAGUUUGGCUCCACUGGACCCUAACAAGGCGAUCAGAAAUUCAUGCCUUUGCGCUUCCGUAAUAAACUCCCGAACCCCCAGUACUACAGAUUACAAUCUCACCAUUUUUAGCAAUGAUUUUUUAGAAGAAAUAGUUAUAAAUUUAAUGGUUUUAGCGAAGAUUUGUGGGCCCUGUUUUUGUGAGGUGUUUAUUUGUAAAUAGCCCAUUGACCCGUGUAUCAUGGUACGAUUGCUGUUGUUCCGGGCGGUUUCGCUGACUGCAUUGCUCGCCCUGCUGAUCUGGGAACUCUUGGAUGGUGGAUUCAAUGACCCUGGGUUUGAUCGAGUUCAGAGAUUUACAAUAGAGGACGAAUUUAUGAAGGAGCAGGACAGCGAGGUCCAAGGAAGACGCAAACGUGAACUAAUAGACUACUGUCACACUCGUGACGCCGAGAGUAUGCUACCAAGAGGAACUAAAGACUUGCAAGUGCACCCCUACAUGUUCCGUAACAUUAUCGUUAACGACAAACACAAUCUUCUCUAUUGCUACAUACCCAAAGUCGCCUGCUCCAACUGGAAGCGAGUUCUUAUGGUGCUUAAUGGGGACACCACGGACCCUUACACAAUCAACACCGCCGACGUGCAUAAUCGAAGUCUCGGAUACUUCCGAUAUCUCAACGAGUACUCCCCGACAGAGAUCGUGCAUCGUUUGAAGAAUUAUUACAAAUUUUUAUUCGUUCGGCACCCCUACGAAAGACUAGUGUCAGCAUACAGGAAUAAGUUCAUAGACUCGUAUAACUAUACACUUUUUAAACAGCUGUACGGACGUAGAAUUAUCAAGCAUUUCAGACGCAAUCCCGAUCAGCGAUCCCUUAAAACCGGUGAGGGUGUUAGUUUUACGGAAUUUGUGAGUUAUCUCUUAGCUUCUGAUUCGGAGUUUAGCGACCGACAUUGGCAGCAGUAUGACUUGUUGUGUCGUCCGUGUCUGAUCUAUUAUGACUAUGUGGGGAAAUUCGAGAAUCUUCGCAGUGAUGCAGAUGACUUGCUGAGGGUUCUUGGUGUAGAGGAUAGAGUCCAAUUUCCUCAUAACAUGAGCUCAGGAUACAAGACGUCAUCCUCGCAUUUGGCGAAGCAGUACUUCAGAGAACUUCCACUGGAGCUCAAAGACAGACUACGGAAAUUGUACAAACAUGAUUUGAAUAUGUUUGGUUACUCAGCAGAGGAUUUCGAGUGAUACUGGGAUGCCUGUGGCUCAAAGUGAUGAUGACACGCCAUUAGAGAGCGACGUGUCGUGGCCACAAGGUGGCAUAUGGAUUCUAUUGUCGAUAACACGCCAGUUGACACAAGUUUACGGUGACAUGCUACUUCGAUUAACAGUUGUACUCCAGGCAGAUCGCGGCAUGCUACUUCUAUUGAUAAUGAGGAGAUGCAAUUUACCAGUGGUAGGCGAAGGAGGUUACGUGAUUGCGAUCGUCCUCUUGUAGCUGCGUGAUCACAGUGACGUAGGAUGGUGGACGCCAUGUGCCAUGGAAACCAUCCCCCAGGCCAUGGCCGAGAUUCUAUAGCUAUGGAACUAUGGAUACUAGAAGACGCCAAAGUCGACCAUUCUUUUGUGUGUGUUGGUACGCUGAUGACCACAAAUUAACUCUUGCGGUAAGACUAGCAGUCAGCGAUUUUCACGGUAAGGCAUGCGCAGCGCACAUGACGAACGAAACGAUGCUUCCUAUUCAGUCCGCGAAUAACAAAUGGGACGAAAACGAGACUUCUUUUUGCUACGCAUCUAUGAACUACUGAACGACUAUAAGAAAAGACUAUAUCAACCACGGACAGUUUGUACAUGUGGUGUCAUGGAUUGAGUGUGAAGUGUUUUUAUUUUUUAUUUUUUAACAAAACGUUGUUAUCGUUUGCUUGACACAUUGGAUGAUGUGCAUGCAGUGGCCAAAUGACAAAGUAAUAAAGGACAGCUAAUGCUGACGAUUAUGCAGUAAGUUUUACGUUUUUUUUAUACACAAUGCCAUCCUUGGCUAACAAACCAUCUAACAAACACACAGACAAACAGCUUUUUGUCUACAACCAUGCAUGCAACAUACAUACAGGCGAAAGAGCAGACGGACAGACAGCGAUGGCGGACAGAUUUUCAGACGGACAGGCACGAUAGAUAGAUGAACGAGCGGACAAAAAAAAAAACAAGCAACAA